ACGUUGUUCAAUAUAAAUACAUAAAUAAUUCGUGAAUUAUUGUGUAAUAUUAUUAAAUUCAAUAAAUAUUUAUAACGUUUAUUCCGAAACAAGUGCGUUUCUUUCUUCCUUUAAAAAAAAAGGGAUUCGAUAAUCAAAAGUGAACAUCAAGAGCAAUAUGGACGUAGAAAUGGCAUCACCAUCAACGCCAACUAUGCGUUCGGUUGUUCCCGCUCCGCGCCCUGGAACUGCCCCAAUCGCAGCACGCCGGACCACCAUUCCAACCGCCGUGCCUCAACCAACAACAGGCACCACCGCGCCAACGGCCCCGGGCAAUAGCAUGGCAUCAACACCAGCAUCACCCGCACUAACAGCGGAUUUGCAGCGCAUUCGAUGCCCAUUGUGUCGACGCCCGCAUCGACUAUCGCACUGCGGCAUUUUUAAAGGCAUGCCACCGAUGCAACGCCAACAAGUUGCACAGGCACACGGCUAUUGCCUAAAUUGCCUGGGAACUACUCACGCAACGCAGGAGUGCCCGUCCAACAAUCGCUGCCAAAUCUGUGUGCGUUCGCAUCACACGCUGCUGCACCGCACUACCAGACGCGACGCAGGGCGACAAGCGGCUCCUCGCACCAGUGAUAACAUCAGGCGUUCUCAAAGAGCGCCUUUGAUACAAUACCGCCGGCGUGGACCCCCGUCUGCAGAAUCCCGUCACUGGCAACACCGUGCCACAUCAGCACGACGUCAGCAGCCUAGGCCGCAAUCCCGCCGGUCAACAGGCCUCAGCAGCGUCGUAGCCACGCUACAGCAGUUACAGCGGCUUCUAGGCUAAACAUUCGCCUAGGGGGGCCGGGAUGGCUAAAUGAGUCAAAACGAAAAACACACUCAUAUCAUUUCACCACACUACAUCCACCUCAUCACGCCAGAGAACACUACACGUUAACGCACACACACACACAUACAUCAAAACACGAUGACAGCAUACAAACUUUAACAAAAAGGAAUAGAAAGGAUAGCACUUCACCUUUCUUUUCGAUAACGUCGUUCGCAUCGCACCUCCGUGUUCGCAGCAUCCCGGUUUUCCGAUAUUUGGCACCCGCUUAUAUGUUUCAACAUUUAACAUCC